UGUCCUGAUCUCUCCUCUGGAACCAAAAUGGAAAAUAUUGAUAUUGCCCACAGUUUGCUGAGACAACUUAGAUACCAUGAAAGAGCCAGGCAAGAGAUUGUUCUGUUAGAUAAGUUGAUUCAGAGACAUCAACGUCAGAUUGAAAGGUCUCUCCAGCUAGGCCGAAAAGAACAAGCUCUUCACUACAUGGGAUGCAAGACCGUGGUCCACACCGUGAUGUACUUUUACAAACAAUACUACGUCCGCAGCUGGCUACAGGCGCAGGUUCAUUCCUGGGAAAUCUUGCGCGCCGUGGAUACCGAUUCCGAUCCCCCUAACUUCGUGUCAGCCACGCUAAACUUCCACAACGAGAGGAUACAACCCUAUAAGUAUCAUCAGGCACAAGUUGCUGCCCAGUGUAGUUUCUCACGGGCAAGUUAGAGUGAUCUGUGUUUGCAGUACUUGUUUGAUAUUUGACAGCAAUUUUUGUGUCUUGUUGGGAUUUAGAACUGGACUCUGAAUGCUAUGAGAACUUUGCGUGAAUCAAAAGUGGGAUACGUUGUAUAUUUUUUUGUGUAACACUUUAAUUCUGACAUUUGGAUUUAAUUCUACUGAGUUUUAUUAAUCUAAUCUGAGCAGUCAGGAGAAUUGUAUGUGCAUAAAUUGUGCUAUACUAUUACUGUUAAAAUGUUAUUGUGCAAGUGCUUAUGAGACUAAUAAUAAAUUGUA